AUGGGGUUCUAUGAGAAGGCGCGACAGCCCCGGCCCAGCAUCCAUGACCCUUCUGUUCGGCCCCUUCGACUGGCUUUCUUGAAGGGGGCGGCCGUCAACCUUCUUCUGCUCCAAAUCCUAUUCCUAGGACUGUUUUGCUACCUGUUCGGCUCUCUCUUCCAACAGACCACGCACAUCCAUAACAUUGACAUUCUGUUUGUUGAUUACGAUGGUGGGGCCAUCGGCGCCGCGGUCCGAGAUGCGUAUCAGCAGCUGAAGAGACCCGGCUUCCCAACCCUAUUCGAACGGUCUUCACUAACGUACCCUGAGCCGCGCACCAUCAAAAAUGCGGUUUGCGACAUCAAGUUCUGGGGUGGGUUUUACACGACCGCCAAUGCCUCGAAUCGCUUAAGUGCUGCAUUUGCAGGUGGAUCGGACGCGUCUUCGUACAACAAGACGAAUGUUCUGACCGUGGUGUGGAAUGAAGCGCGCUAUUCAACCGUGGUUGACUCUGCUAUUUACCAAAACAUGAAAGAGCUAUCGGAAGCUACACGAGUAAUUUAUUCCCAAACAGCCGCGCCGCAGGCUAUCAAGAGCCUAAACAGCUCCGACUCCGCUGCCGUUUCUGCGUUUUCCGAUCCAUGGACCUUGACUUCGGUCGAUUUCCAACCCACGACGCAGGGUUCUCGACUGAUCUACAACACACUAUGCAUCAUCUUAAUUCUGAUCCAAGAGUUCUUCUACUUGGGAAUUGUCAACGGCCUCUAUCUACAAUUCAAACUCUACACAACCGUCACGCCUCACCGAGUUGCGAUCGUCCGCCAGAUCAUUUCCGGCGUAUAUACAUUCGUGGGCUCGCUGUGUGUGACUGGUGCAAUAUGGGCAUUCCGAGCUGGUUGGCAUGUCGGUGGCUCACAGUAUGUGAUCACCUGGAUGACCCUGUGGCUUUUUGCGCAUCUGAACUUUCUCGUUCUCGACGUCUUUACGAUCUGGGUCCCGCCUGCCUUCGUGCCUAUGAUAUUUAUAACCUGGGUCGUGUUGAAUGUCACAUCCAUCCUGCUACCGUUUGAAUUGUCGCCGGGAUUCUACAAAUGGGGCUAUGCCUUGCCGGCGCAUAGUGUCUUCAAUGUCUUGAUGGACAUCUGGUCACGAGGCUGCAAUCCUCAAUUAUAUUACGCUUUGCCGGUUUUGUUCGUCUAUGAAAUUCUUGGUUUGGUACUCAGCACAAUCGGAGUUUAUCGCCGGUCCCACUACGCAGUGCUGAAGCAGGAAAUGGAUGAAAAAGCGCUCCAGGAUCGUAUUUCUGCGGCUAUUGCAGAGCAGACUGAGGAUUCGUUGACGAGAGAAGAAAUGAGCCAAGAGACCCCAACAAGUCAAGCAUCGGAUAUGGAGCAGGAAACAAGAGCUUCGAUACGACGACGUGCAACCAUCACUGCAAUUGAGGACCAAGAUGAGCUGGCACACAUGAUCCGACGCGAGAUGUCUCGACCGGGAUUGGAGAAGAUUAUGUCUAGUCGAGAGAAUGCUGGGCCGUGCUUCGAUUUGCCUUUCAACACGUCUAUGCCUAAAAGUGAUUAA